AUGGACCACCAGCAGAAUCCACCGCCGCAAGGCGGCGUUCCAGGCCCAACUGGCAGAAGACUGCACAUUGCCCAUCGUAGGAGUCCAUCCGAGCUGACGCCGCUCAUGAGCAUGUUCUCGUCACCUGGAAUGGAACAACUUGCGAUUCAGCAACAAAUCGAACUACUCCAGCAACAGCAGCAGCAGAUUCAAGCUACACAUCAGCAGUAUGUCAACAUGGGCAUGAUCCCUCCGACCCAACACCUCGCACCUGGUGGCGGCUACCCCAUACAGCCACAGAUGCAACAAAACACCUUUCAGUUCCCCAAUCAGAUGCAACAACAACAGCAGCAGCAGCAACAGAUGAAUGCCCCGAUGGGUGCUCCUACACAACCGUUAUCACAUCGCCGUAAUCAAUCGGCACUUCCCAACAUGGGCAUGGGUCCACCACCAGCUCCAUCUUCUGGAGCUUCUGGCUCCAACUUCGGCGAAUUUGGAGGACACAAUCGAGAGAACAUUUCUGGGCGAGGUGGUCGUGGAGGCGGACCUCCCGGCGGUGGACAUCAACGUCGUCACUCUCUUGCCUUGCCCGAGGCCAAAAAGGCUGCAGAAAUCGCUCAGCAGAAACGCACAACCUCUGGAUUCCAAUUCCCAAUCCCCGGAGCUGCUGGAGCCACGCCUGCAGAAAAUACCGAUAGUCCAACUGCGGAAGACAAGAAUGGACAAGGCCAAGCUCAAGGCACUGGAAAUCAUAUCUCAACGGGCUCUAGCCUACGUGGCAGAGGCAGCGGACAUGGUCGGAGUCAAAGCUUGGCUGUCGGCGCCAAUGGAAGAGGUGGCUCGGCUAUGCGUGGUGGUGGCUCCUUCCAAUUUCCUAUGCAAGCUGGCCCAGAAGCUGCAACCGGUGGACAGGGCAAUGAUUUGUCGAGACGAGGUGGCUCUACUGGACACAACAGAAACUCUUCCCGCAACUUUGAAGGCAAUUGGAGAAACCAACCUGCCCAAGGCCAGCCCCAACAAGAUCAACAGGGCACAAUGGGUAACUUUCAGAGCCAGCAAAGUGGAUUCCAACCUGGACAUCGCAAUCGCGGUUCAAUGAACCAGUCCAUCAAUAAUAUUGGAAACUUCCAAUACGGAGGCCAACCUCAACUUGUCCAAUUGCCCCAGGGACAGAUGGCACUCGUCCAAAAUCCCAUGUAUCCUGGUCAGCAAUUGAAUCCUCUGCAGAUGAAUCAGCUCCAGGCUCUGCAAGCUGCUCAGAUGAAUGGACAUGUUGGUCUUCAAGGAAGCCAGCAUGCUCCACAACUUUCCGCUCAACAACAGCAGCAGCAGCGCAAGACACUCUUUACCCCCUACCUUCCUCAAGCCACUUUGCCCGCUCUCCUUGGUGACGGUCAGCUCGUCUCCGGUAUUCUUCGAGUCAACAAGAAGAACCGAAGUGAUGCUUAUGUUUCAACUCAAGAUGGCCUUCUCGAUGCCGAUAUCUUCAUCUGCGGAAGCAAGGACCGCAACCGAGCUCUGGAAGGAGAUCUCGUUGCCGUAGAAUUGCUCGAUGUGGAUGAAGUCUGGGGCCAGAAGCGCGAGAAGGAGGAGAAAAAGAAACGAAAAGACAUCACGGACACUCGAACUGGCGGAUCAAACGCUGGAAACGCAGACAGAGCUCACCGUGAUAACUCUACCAACGGCGAUGACCAACCCGGAACUGGUGAGGGCGGCAUUCGAAGACGUGGAAGCUUGAGACAGCGCCCCACCCAAAAGAAGAACGACGAUGUUGAAGUCGAAGGACAGAGUCUUCUUCUUGUCGAGGAAGAGGAGGUCAACGACGAACAGAAGCCCCUCUAUGCCGGUCACAUUGUCGCCGUCAUUGAACGUGUCGCCGGCCAGAUGUUCUCUGGUACACUUGGCCUGCUGCGACCAAGCAGCCAGGCCACCAAGGAGAAGCAAGAAGCCGAGCGUGCUGCCAGAGAUGGAAACUCCGGACGCCACCAAGAGCAACGACAGCAAGACAAGCCGAAGAUCGUUUGGUUCAAGCCGACCGACAAAAGAGUGCCACUGAUCGCCAUCCCCACGGAGCAAGCUCCACGUGACUUUGUUGAGAAGCAUCAAGAGUACGCUGACCGAAUCUUCGUUGCAUGCAUCAAGAGAUGGCCAAUCACUUCUCUCCACCCCUUCGGCACCCUCGUCGAGCAACUUGGCAAGAUGGGCGAGCUCAAGGUUGAGACUGAUGCUCUCCUCCGAGAUAACAACUUUGCUUCCGAUGACUUCUCAGAUGCUGUUACUCGGAGCGUUGGCCUCGACGAGUGGUCUCUGGAAAAGGAAGACGAGACUGCCAUCGCCGCGAGACGAGACUUCCGUGAUGAAAAGACCUUCACGAUCGAUCCGAAUGGCGCCAACGAGCUGGAUGACGCCAUCCAUGUCAAGACUGAGGUUGAUGGAAAGAUCGAGAUCGGCAUUCACAUUGCAGAUGUGGCCCACUUCAUCAAAGCAAACUCUCUUGUGGACCGCGAAGCUCGUAAGAGAGGCGCAGCAGUCUAUUUGAUGAACCCUCUCACACCUCUUUCCAAUCCUUCCAGCUUGCAGCAGCCCUUCGAGAAAGCUAUACUACCAGGCACAAAGGCUCUAUUUGGUCUCCUUAAAGCUGCACUGGGUUUUGAUUUCUGGGUUGUGAUGGGAAAGAAUGGUGGUGGCUCCUCUCCCUUUGGGACUGAUCAAUUAUGUGCAUGGGAUGUCAACGAUCUUCAAUACACCGGACCCUGCACUCGCAACCUGGUGUCGAUUUCUCUCUAUCUCCAAGGCCUCGAGGACUUGAGGGAAUCGAGAAGCCUCUGGAACCACAAAAACUCCUCCACGAAGAUAUCGGCGCGCCUACUUGCGCAGGCCACCAACAUCUCGCAGAAGAGAUAUUGCCGUACUGUUUGCGACUAUGCUGCUGGAACACCGCAAUUACUCAAUAAUCAUCUCGACACGAAGCUCCAUCACGAGAGGGAGCUCCUAGGCACUUCAGACCGGGGGGAGAGGGGGUCCUUUUUUUCUUUCUUAUUUUUCUUUCUUGGACUCAUCACUAACCCUUUUGGCCUCAUUGCUAAUCAUUCCCAUCAUUUAGGAUCUUGCGCGAUGCUCCCGCCAAAGAUCGCGUCCGAGGUCUGCUCAUUGCUUCCUGGCAAAGAUCGACUCACAGUCAGUGUUAUCUUCAAAGUCCAUGCGCACACUGGCGCAGUCUCGGAUGAAGAGACAUGGAUUGGGAAGAGUAUCGUCAAGAGUUCUGGCAAAUUGACCUACAAGGAGGUUGAUGCCGUACUUUCUGGCAGCCUUGAUACCAAGCUUGAUGGAGCCGAUUUCAAGCAAAUACAAAUUCUCCAUGCCGUAGCACAAAAAUGGCGCGAGCAGCGUCUCGGCACCGACGGAGAGACAAUCGCCCCAUUGAGGCUCAUCUACCAGCUCGAUGACGAGAAUGUCCCGGUAGAACAAAACAUUUUCGAUUCAACUCCAUCGCACGAAUUGAUCGAAGAGUUAAUGCACAAGGCAAACGCAUAUGUCGCACAGAAGAUCGCUAAGGGUCUGCCGGAGAAGGCGCUCCUGCGUCGACAGGGGCCGCCCAACCCCCGCCGGCUCCAGACUUUUGCCGAUCGCAUGAACAAGAUUGGCUACGAGAUCGAUACAACCACUAGCGGAACUCUCCAGAACAGCUUGUUCAAGGUGGAUGACACCAAUAUUCGAAAGGGUAUGGAGACUCUCCUUGUCAAAGCUAUGCACCGUGCCAAAUACUUCAUUGCCGGAAAGACACCUCAGCAUCUGUCCCCCCACUACGCUUUAAACCUUCCCCUCUACACGCAUUUCACCAACCCUUCUCGCCGUUAUGCCGACUUGGUUGUUCACCGGCAACUUGAGGUCGUACUCUCCGACGGAAAGAUCGAGUACACGGAGGACAUCGAGACAUUGGUCAAGACCACCGAAUCGUGCAAUACAAAGAAAGAUUCUGCACAGAAUGCCCAAGAACAGAGUGUCCACAUUGAAUCAUGCAGAAUCAUGGACAAGAAGCGCGAAGAAGUUGGGGGUGAGCUCAUCAGCGAGGGGAUUGUUCUCUGCGUCUACGACUCUGCAUUCGACGUUCUCAUUCCAGAAUAUGGAUUUGAGAAGCGAGUCCACUGUGACCAAUUGCCCCUGAAGAAGGCCGAGUUCCGAAAGAAUGAGCGCGUUCUGGAGCUGUACUGGGAGAAAGGUGUCCCCUCGUCCGCAUACGUUCCGGAGGACGAACGCCCCAAAGCCGGCGCAUCUCAACGCACCACCAAUGCCGCCGCCGCCGCGAAACAGGCUGCUGUCGCAGAGAGAGCCAAGAAAGAACACGAGGAAGCUCAACGCAAGCACAUGGAGACUGGAACAAUGUCAACUGACGAUGUUGAUGCAUUAUUCGACGAUGAAGAUGAUAUUUCUGAUGUCGCCGACAGCCUUGCUGGCGUUUCACUCGCUGAACGCCCAACUCAGAGUGUCCCACCCUCGCCAACGAAGAACUCGCUCACUGCCUCUGGCAAUCUUCAUCGAACCCGCUCCGACUCCAAGGUUCCCACAGGGGAGCUGGUCGAAGCCAAGCUCAGCGCCAAGGAGAAGUACUUGAAGUUUUUCGCUCUUCGCGAGGAGAACGGCGAGUAUAUUCAAGACGUCAAGGAAAUGACCAGAGUUCCCGUCAUACUGAAGACGGACCUCACCAAGAGUCCUCCUUGCCUCACCAUCCGCUCGCUCAACCCAUAUGCUCUUGGAUUUUGGACGGUGAUGUGGUGUUGA